CUUAUGCAAACCAAACCGGAAGAGGACGUCAUCUUUGGCCAAUCUCAGCGCUCUAAAGUGACAUAAUGGAAUUUUUAGGGAUAGAAAACUUGCAAAUGCGUACCGACGCCCACAGAUAACACCUCUCGCGCGGGGAGAAGCAAGGAUAUCAUAAAACAAUAUCAAACAUCGAUUAAAAACAUAAGCUCUCGGCAAGAAUUAAGAACAUUGAAGCUCAUCUAAAUGACUCGCUUGGGCAGCAGAAAUAGCUCACCCCUCUGUGGGGUGUAAGAUGGGAACAAGCCUUUACCCAGACGAGGACAUCCGAGGAAUAUCGCGCAUCAUGAUGAAGAAAGACAUGAGUUUGAACCUAAACGACCAGAACAGCUCCAGCCUGAAGCCAGAUCUGAGGGAUGCCGAGGGGAUCCUCAGCUCACCCGACCUGGGUCUCCUCAAGCUGGCUUCCCCGGAGCUGGAGAGGCUCAUCAUUCAGGCCAACGGGAUGGUGACCACCACGCCGACCUCCCAGUUCGUCUACCCGAAGUCGGUAAGCGACGAGCAGGAGUUCGCGGAGGGCUUCGUCAAAGCCCUGGAGGACCUUCACAAGCAGAACCAGCUGAGCGGCGGAGCGUGCGUCCCUCCGACGCUCGGCAGACUCGCCAGCAGCACCGCGCUCGCCCUGCCCACGGAUCUGCCCGUGUAUACGAACUUGAGCACGUACGGGAGUACCACGGUGAACUAUUCCACGGACACCAUCCCGUUCCCUCCGCCGCCGCCGCCCGCGCAACAAACGCAGCCGUCGCUAAAAGACGAGCCGCAGACCGUGCCGGACAUGCAGAGCUUCGGCGACAGUCCUCCGCUCUCCCCCAUCAACAUGGACACGCAGGAGCGCAUCAAGGCCGAGAGGAAGAAGCUGCGCAACCGCAUCGCCGCCUCCAAAUGCCGCAAGCGGAAACUGGAGCGGAUAUCCCGGCUGGAAGACAAAGUGAAAAACCUGAAGAGCCAGAACACGGAGCUCGCGUCCACCGCGAGCGUGCUGAGAGAGCAAGUGGCGCAGUUAAAACAGAGAGUGAUGAACCACGUCAACAACGGGUGCCAGCUGCUGCCUAAUCAAGUGCAAGCUUAUUAGAGGACAGUCUUUAUCUAUCAGUGUUUGGGUGGUUGACGAAAAACAUGCUCUGGUUUGGUUAAACGUCACAUGUCCACAGCAGUGCACGAGAGGACGUGCCUUCGCCCACGACAGCACGACCCCCAAGUGACUGAAAUAUUACGGAACCACGGUGUUUUAUUAAGCUAACCCACCUCCGCGAGAAAAUAUAGUCCCUGAAUUGACAGAACGUUGCAAGCGAUCGUGCGCUGUUACGUGUCAUAACGGGAUCAGUCUUUAGCAAACAUAGGAACUAUAUCUGAUAUCUGUGGUUUGUUUGAUUGGACAAGCAGCGUUCCUAACAUUUUCCUGAAACGUAUUACGUAUUAGUCCGCCUGUACGUGUGACAUCUCUCAGUCUGCGCGUUCGACUCGGUUUUGGUUUCGUUUGGAACUAUUUUCAAUGCUUUUAUUCUAAAAAUUGACAUUUUUAUUAAACAAUCUUUAAGUACCUACCAUAAACAUGAAACCAGCGAUUGGUAAUAAGGUGAACGCUAUUUCGCAUCAUAGCGAGUGAUCAAUCAUCAUUCAGGACCGGAAUUAUAGCCCUAUCUGGUUUAUGUCAAAUUUUUUAAUAAAACAUCACUGGGAGGUUCACCGUCUGUAUUAGUCCGCUGUGCAACACAAUCGUGUUUUGGUUUCUUUUGGAACUAUUCUCGUUGGCGGUGUUUUUAUUUGAAUAUUUUCAUUAAAUUAUUAUAAUAAUUGCAAUCAUUCCGAUAGAAAAUACAGUUCUUGACUUGACUACAUGUUGCUAUGCAACAAAACUAAAGCUUUUGAUAUGCUAAAAUGUGUUUUACGUCAUAGCUGUUUCUUGUAUUAAAGCACUACUGGAACGCUGCAUUGAUCAAUCAUCAUCCAUUAUAUAUAUAUAAAAUAUUGGCCUAUAGAACAGUUAGUUCUACACUAGUUUAAUUGCGCAAGCAGUAUUUCAAGACACUGUAUCACUAACUUGUUGACAGCUUCUUCUGGAACUAUUUUCUUUGGCAGAGCAACAGCAAAAUGACUCUUUAUGAAUGGCUGUAUAAAAGCAAUAUCACAUAUCAUAUUGCUUAAAUACACAAAGGAGUGCAUCAAAACCCAAAGUUGUAUCAGCUGUCUGUGUGCUGAAACAUAAUUCUGAGCUCCACAUGUCCAGUCAACGACCCUUUCACUGAUGCGUAAAGGUCACAGACUGAACUAUCUCUCCCUUCAGUGGCCGUUCGUUCUGGUUGGACUGUUGAAAUGGACACUACAGGUGCUGAUGUAUUAUAAGUUUACAAUAUUUUGUAGCAAACGGACUGUGUGCUACAUGGUUUGAUCUCAUGAGAGAAGCAGCUGUAUUUUUGCAUGCUCCGGACAAGCUCCAAAUGAGUGCAACCAAACACAACAAAGAUGUCAUGCAUGUAUGCUUUAUGUCCGAGGCCUUAUUAAUCAACGACUGUAUCGAUUUUAUAUACAACUACUCACACAAUGUCUUAUUUUAUGCUCUUUUGGAUUUACGUGUGUGGUGUUGUAAAUGUAAACGUUUCGCCUGUCACACGUCCCGUACUGCCUUGUGUGUACAUUAAUGUCAUUAAACCUGUUCAGUUCACUUGUUUAAUUAUA